GAAUAUGAAAGUACUAACUCUAACAAGGACGAGAAUUCAGAUGAUAAUUUCAUAGAGAAUAAUGAUGUAUUAGAUAAUAAUAGAGGUAUAAAUUCAAUAAUUGACCAUCUUCUUGCAGCUUCAAAAGCUAGCAUUAAAAGAUACUGCAAUAGAAAGCUAAAAAUUACUAGUUUUUUUUUUACUACUAAUACUCAACUACUGGUUAUUGAUGAUAAUGAAGAUAUUGGAGACCAUAGUUUUUCAGAUAGAGAAUACAGUGACAGUAAAUCAGAGGAUGAAGAAAGUUUGAUUAAUAAUGCUAUUAAAUUUGUAAACAAAAUAUUGAAUGAAAAGAUGGUUUCAAAAACUGAAAGAACUCAUUAUACUGCUGUUCUUUAUUUUCUUCGGUUACUGUUGGAUUGUCAAGGAAAAAUAGAAGCAUCAGAAACAGUUGUGAAAGUAGUUAAUGAUGGAGAGUUAAUCCUACCAAGUUUAAGAGAAAAAAUGCCUAUAAAAAGCCUGGUUCAUAAUGAAUUUGUGUUUUUUCAGUUGGCUGCUUACCUACAAUCUCAAAAAUUCAAUACAACUCCUGAAUUAGUUAAGAAUUAUUUGGAUCAACACAUUUUAUCUCAAUUAAAUAUUAGGCCUCUAAAUAAUAAUGAAAAAGAACAUGUGUGGAUAACCUAUGAUGAAAGUACCUUCUAUGCUUAUGACAGGCCACAUUCUGUGUGGGGUCUGAAGUGGGAACAGCCACUACAAAAAAAAGGAUUAGAAUCUUGUGUGCAUAUAAGUGACUUUCUAACAGAAACAGUAGAGUCUCUUAAAGACAGUCAAGAACAAGCACACAUUAUGAUGGUAUUAGGAUGUGUGGGUGUAUUUGCCUUCGAUAAUGCUACUUCACAUACAGCUUUUGCUAAGGAUGCUCUUGUAGCCUCUAAAAUGAAUCUUAGUCUAGAAGGAUCAGCUCUGAAAAUAAGAGAUACAAUAUGGAAUGGUAAUCAUCAGUCGAUGGUUAUUAAAGAAGAUUAUUUUGUUUAUGACAAAAUAAAAAAAGUAAAUGUUAAUUUACGGAGUUAA